AUGGCCUCUGAGACCCCCUCUGAACGGCCUCUUCUCAGAGGUGGAGUGGAAAGAGGAGCCAGGCAGCUUCCUCAGGUAGCGAAAGAGCAACGGGAAAUCAGGGAGGAGGGAAGAGGCACAGCUGGGACCACCCAGCCUCCCUCUGUGUUGAGUGGGGAUGAUGGGGAUCUAAGAGAAGCUCUGUCUUCUUCCUCUUCUUCUUCCAGGCCCUCUUGACCUUUGAGGAGGUGGCUGUCUUUUUCACGGAGGAGGAGUGGGCUCUGCUGGAUCCAGGCCAAAGAGCUCUGCACAAGGAAGUCAUGGAGGAGAAUUAUGAGAUGGUGGCCUCUCUAGGUAAGGGCAGAUUUGUAUCCCUCUUGGCUGCUAGACAUUGAAAGAGUAAAUCUCCUAUUUGAGCCAUUUAUUCAUUCCGUGUCUUCUUCUUUGGCAAAACCUCGUAGACGAAUAAGAUUGUCUUCCAUGAACACGGUCUUAAUGGUGUGUCCAUAAGUGACUGUGGAGUCCAAUUCUGGAUCCACACAUCCUUCAGCAAUGGGGACAUAGAUUUCCCAGAGGGAGUUAAUCACAGUGAGGGUUUGCCAAACGUGCUUUCCUCUUAGCUUGUUUCUCCUUUUCGUCUUGAGCUUGUGCUUCUUCAAAGUCCAUUACGCCUUGGUAAAGGCCUUUCUCCAAUUGGAGCACUCGCACGCCAGUGUUUUCCAAUUUUCUGUGCUUCUACUUCAUGUAUUUAGAUUUGCCUUCAGAACAUUUUGAAACCUCUUUUGUUGUCCAUCGAUAUUUCCCUUUCCAUUCUUAAGUUGGGAAUAGAGUAGUUGCUUUGGAUGACAAUAAUCAGGCAUCUGAACAACAUGACCAGUCCAACGAAGUUGAUGUUGAAGAUUGUAGUUUAUAGCAACUCUGUACUUUUGUCAGUAGGUAACUUUUCGUAAGCUGAAAUUGUGGUAUGAAUUUCCCCCUAAAACCUAUGUAAAAUCUACAGGGAGACUGACAGGUUAAUAAUGGUGGCAUGAGGUUUGCUGGUCAGUGUCAUUUAUCAACUUUUAAUGGGCCACCAGAUACUUUGCUGUCUUUGCUUCAAAAGAUUAAUACUUUUGUAUAUUUUUAUAGUCACAUAUACAUAAACAACACUUCUGUUUUACUUAUUCCACAUAGCAGGGACUCUGAUACUCAAGUCUGAGCUCAUCUCCUCGCUUGGAACAGAAAAAUACAGGGAUGUUGUCCUGGACCAAUUCAGAGGUACAUACUUCCACUUUGCUGUGAGGCUGUACUUUUGUAUGUCUCCUUUCAGUGUGUACAAAUAUAAAAAGAGCCCUUUUGGAUCAGAACAAGGGCCAAUCUUUGACAGCAUCCUGGUGCAGGUUUAGGUGAUGUGUACAGCUGGUUGGAAUGUAUCAGCAAGAUCUUACAGAUCAAGGAGGAAAGAAAAAACAGUAUAGCAUUUUCACAGGAGGGGGAAGAUGGAGAAAGGUGUCCCUCCAGAUUUGGCUGCACUACAACUCCCAUCAUCACUGGUCAUUGGCCAUCUUUGCUUGGGCUGAUGGUACUUAGAGUCCAACCACAUCUGGAGGGCCAUACAUGCCUCACCUCAGCACAGAAGUUUUCUCUUGGUGCUCAGUGGGAGUUGAAGGUUCAGGUAGGUAGCCAUGUUGGUCUGACGCAGACGAAAUAUAUAUUAAAUUUUUUAAAAAAAUUGUCCAGUAGUACCUUAGAGACCAACUAAGUUUGUUCUUGGUAUGGGAAUUGAAUACAAGAUACUAGAAUACUGGAUACUAAGGGUUCUUGAGACUAUUUUCAGGUUCCCCCCCCCCUUUCCUAAAAGUGUGGUACAUAGGAGAGGGAGGGAUGCUGGAGGUGUUAAAAGAAGGAAAAGUGCUGAUUGGUCUUGUUGCGUGUUAAGUUCUCUUGCUCGAAUACCUAACAAUAUUUUCUUAUCCCUCACUUUAAACCAGGUGAUGAAGAAGGCAAUCAGAAUUUUGAGGGGCCAUCUGUAAAGUACUUAAGUGUGAGUGAACACCUUAACACACAUCUACAAACUAAUACAGGAGAGAAACCUUUUAAAUGCAUGGAGUGCGGAAAGAGCUUCAGUAAAAAUGGAAACCUUACUGUACAUAAACAAAUUCACACAGGGAACAAACCAUUUAGAUGUAUGGAGUGUGGAAAGAGCUUCAGCCUGUGUUCACACCUUACUAUACAUCUACGAACUCACACAGGGGAGAAACCUUUUAAAUGUAUGGAGUGCGGAAAGAGCUUCAGUGAGAGUGGAAAACUUACUGUACAUCAACGAACUCACACCGGGGAGAAACCCUUUAAUUGUAUGGAGUGCGGAAAGAGCUUUAGUGCAAGUGGAACUCUUAGAAGACAUCAGCGGAUUCACACUGGGGAGAAACCAUUUAAAUGUAUGCAGUGUGGGAAGGGCUUCAGUCAGAGUGGAAUCCUUUCUAGACAUCAACGAACUCACACGGGUGAGAAACCACAUAGGUGUAUGGUUUGUGGAAAGUGCUUCAGUGCAAGUGGAAGCCUUACUCUGCAUCAGGGUACUCAUACAGGAGAGAAACCAUAUAAAUGUUUGGAGUGUGGAAAGAGCUUCAUUUGUAGUGGGAGACUCACUGUGCACCAACAAAGUCACACUGGGGAGAAACCAUUUAAAUGUAUUUGUGGGAAGGGUUUCAGUCAGAGUGGAGCUCUUGCAGUACAUCAACGAACUCAUACAGGGCAGAAACCAUUUAGGUGUAUGGAGUGUGGAAAGAACUUCAGACUGUCUUCACACCUUACUACACAUCACCGAACUCACACAGGGGAGAAACCUUUUAAGUGUAUGGAGUGCGGAAAGAGCUUCAGUGAGAGUGGAACUCUUAGAAUACAUCAACGGAUUCACACUGGGGAGAAACCAUUUAAAUGUAUAGAGUGUGGACAGAGCUUCAGUCACAAUGGAACACUUACUAAACAUCAACGAACUCACACGGGUGAGAAACCAUAUAAGUGUAUGGUUUGUGGAAAGAGCUUCAGUCAGGGGGGAGAUCUUGCAACACAUGUACGAACUCACACUGGUGAGUUACCAUUUAAAUGUAUGAGGUGUGGGAAGGGCUUCAGUCGUAGUGGAAAUCUUAGAAUACAUCAACGAACUCACUCAGGGGAGAAACCAUUUAGAUGUAUGGAGUGUGGAAAGAGAUUCAGUUGUAGUGGAAAUCUUAGAAUUCAUCAACGAACUCACACAGGGGAGAAACCAUUUAAAUGUAAGGAGUGUGGAAAGAGCUUCAGACGAUGUUCACAAAUUACUAUACAUUGGAGAACUCACACAGGGGAGAAACCGUAUAUGUGUACGGAUUGUGGGAGGUGCUUCAGUGAGAAUGGAUCUCUUAGAAGACAUCAACAAACUCAUACAGGGGAGAAAACAUUUAAAUGUAUGGAUUGUGGGAAGUGCUUCAAUGGGAAUGGAAGUCUUAGAAGACAUCAAAGAUCUCACAGAGAAGCAACUGUUUAA